AUGUUGUUUGGAGCCAUCUCACAAACAAUCUUCACUGUUCGGAGACAUGCACCGGAAUUAAUUCGUCCAGCACAACCCACUCCUCGAGAACUGAAGCCUCUCUCCGAUAUUGACGAUCAGGAAGGACUUCGUUUUCACAUCCCGCUGAUUUAUAUUUAUCGUCAGGACCCAAAAAUGAGAAACAAGAAUCCGGCGACUGUGAUCAGGGAAGCUUUGGCCAAAGUGCUGGUGUUCUACUACCCCUUUGCUGGCAGGCUAAAAGAAGGUCCGGCAAGGAAGCUGAUGGUUGAUUGCUCCGGUGAUGGUGUGUUGUUUAUUGAGGCUGAGGCGGAUGUUACUUUGAAGCAAUUGGGAGACGCGCUUAUGCCUCCUUUUCCUUGUAUGAAUGAGCUCCUUUAUGAUGUUCCUGGGUCUGAUGGCAUCGUCGACUCACCAUUGCUGCUGAUUCAGGUGAUAUUUUAUAUGUCGUUUUUGGUAGAAAGAAUCGUUUUAAUAAUGUCAACUAAGAGAUAA